AUGACCACCAUCCCCAAACCCACCAGCAUCCGCAAAAACAGUAACCGCAACGCAUCCCACCCAUCGCACCUUCCUCCAACACCUCCAACCCUACAUCCUCUCCCCGCCUCCCUGCUCCUCUCCCAAGAUCCCAGACUCUCACGGCUGCAAACCCACGAUCGCAAUGACUUCUUCUCCACCGGCUGUCGCGAGCUCGACUCCCAUGUCCUCCUCAACGCGGGACUCAAUGGAGGAGGAGGAGGAGGAGGUUUAGGAGGAUUCGAGGGGGGUUGUGUGGUCGGUCUAAGCUGUGAAGAAGAGGAGACGAUUGGGUUGGCGAUUGGAUUGCAGGUUGUUGCGAGGAUGCUGUUGAUGUCGUCGUCGUCGUCGUCGUCGUCAUCGUCGGGGUCAAAAGCAAAGGCGAUGAUCAUCUCGACACUUUCCACGACUUCUUUGCUUCCUCGAUUGAGAUUGGCGCUGGUUAGUGAGGCUAGGGUGCUUCAAGGGAAUGUCGGCAACGCACACCACCACCAGGUGGAUAGAGGGGUAAUCAAGAGUUGUUUGGAGAGGGUGUUGGUGGCGAGGGUUUUUGAUGCGGAGGGGUUGAGGGAGGUUUUGAGGGAGUUGGAGGAGGUUGAGCAGCAGCAGACUGUUGUUAGCCAUAGUGACGGGAAUGAAGCCGGGAGAGGAGGAGGAGGAGAAACAGGAGAGAAAAGAACGGAGCAGAGCAAAGAAGACGGUCUACUACCAGACCUAAUCAUAAUAACCAACACCUCCCACCUCCUCAACACUCUCUUCACCCGCAACAAGACCGGCAGCGAUAGGUCCGCAGCGCAUAACUCGGCCGUUCAGCUUUCUGAUCAAAUUCGUGGACUUAGUCGGAGAGGGCCGUUGGUGAUGAUGCUAAAUUCGACUACCUCACCAACCUCUUCUUCAUCCUCCUUCAAUACCAACUCAAUAUCGAUGUUCGACGACGACAACAACAACAACAAAGGACCAAAACAACCCGACCUCAGUAUCAUGCGCUCAAUCUUCAACCCACCACCACCACCACCACCUCUGGCAUCUAUGGAGGCAGCAGCACCGGGGUACAUGGGCGGCUUAGUCGGCGGACACACUGCUGGUGCGCCUUCUGCUGCAAGUUACAGAGGCGGGGGAUAUGGAGGACGUGGAGGGGGAUACGGCAAGAACCAUAGUACCCAUCUUCAUCCUCACCAAGCACAAACCCAGUCAGCAGCAGCAGCAGCAGCAGCAGUAACCGCGGCAUCAAGAAGAAACAAACCCUCGUACGGAAUGGUCUUCUCCCAGAUGCUCGAUUUACAUUUAUUAUGCACCAAAAUACCUAGGGGCAGGACUCGUCACGGCGGUGGUGCUUACGGAGGAGGAGGCUACGGAGGUUAUGGUGGUGGGUAUGUAUGGGCAGUGGAGGUAUUGCUGGAUGAGCUUGGGGUUUAUGAGGGCUUGGAUGUGGUUUUGGACAAAGUUAGUAGAGAAGGAGGAGGAGGAGGAGGAGAAGAAAAAGAAAAAGAAGGGCAGGGGGAGCAACAGGAAGGAGGAAGGCGAAAGGAAGGGGUGCGAGAGGAGAAGAGGAAGGGGAAGGGGUUGACUAGAAGGAGUAGGGAGCAGAGAUGGGGAGCUGUGGAGAUUGAGGAGGGGAGUGGAAGGGUUGUUGAUGCUUUUAGAUAG